AGCCGUUGAAGUGCGUGACCCUCCACGAGAGAUCCAACUCAAGAGUGAUCUUGUCAAAAGGGUCACAGUGACCGCUGGUGUGCGAUCCUAAGAGGCUUCAAGUUCCUUCCAAGCCGCCGCCGCACCCUUGAAGCAUCAGGCAUUCGAGAAUCUCCCGUCAAGAGCUCAAAAGGAUCUCCACGCUAUGAAGUUUUCGUUAGUUAUCACUGCAUUGCUGGGGAUAGCUUUUCAAGCCGUCGAGGCGUCAUUACAUCUGCGCGUGCACAUCAUGACCGAAUUGGCGAGUGCGGGUCAGCAAUGCGAGUGGGAGAACAAAGCCGUGAAGUGCGACAGCGAGACGUUUUGUCAGAAAUCUGACAGGCACACUGGAUUCUGCAUGAAGAAGAAGCCUGGACUCGGUGACCAGUGCGGUGGUAAAGGAGUGGACGGGCCGUGGGCUGUACCCUGCAAUGGUGAUGAUCUCGAGUGCGUGCUGGAAUCUGACACUAUGAGCAAGUGCCAGAAGUCGUCGGAGUAAAUUGCCGCGUCAAGGAAGGGAGACAAUAAGUCCAAUGGCUAUUUCGUUUUCUGUAGUCACUAUAUACUACAGUAGUGUUUUAUUUCUCGUAAUGCAAACACAAAUUCUGCUUAACCAUACUCAUCAGGGGUAUUGCAGUUCACUAAAUUGCUGAGUUCUUACAAUAAAACAUUUAUUAUUGAACCGACC